GAUUUAUUGAAAGGCAACAGUCAAAAUAAUAAUUUCUUUAAAUAGUAAGAUUAUUUUUUAGUUAUUUAUUUAUAAUUACAAAAUACUUUCAUUAAUACCUUUACAGUUACAAGAGUAUUAGGAUCAGUAAUUAACAUGGGCUACCUAUACAUGUUUAUUUUGCAAAAAAAAAGGAAUAGUCUUAUUAUCUUGCAUUUGCAGCUCAUAAUUUGACAAAUAAUAAAAAAAAAUUAGAUAUGAUUUUUUUUGUACUUUAAUUUUACAAGAAAUAAGUUAGGUAACAGGCAGUAAAAGAUAAAGAGUUGAGAAGUGGAAGCUCGCUACGUCACAGUUUUGUAGACAAUAUACCAACGCGUGACGUCAGUGACAUUUUAACUCAAUGAAGGUAUCGUCGUAAUUUAAUGAUUAAGAUUACGAAUAAAAAAAUAUAAUAUUUUUCAACAAUCUACCUGCCGGAUAAACAAAAAAAACUGUUGGCAUCCCUAUUUUGUUAUAAUCUCAUCCGUCUAGAAUAUCUGUGCAUCACAGGCAGUGUCAGGCCCUACCUCCGUUGCAUUAUACUUUAUCGAAAAAUGCGUUUCUGCGGAGCAUUUCGAUAAAUAAUCCACGGAAUAUUGUUUUCGGAUAAUUAGAUUAGACCAGCAGAGUGACCACUUAGCUCCUCUAGCUUUAACUCCAGCUAUAGGAUUAUUACGUUUCAUUAUACUACUUUGACGUGUAUUUUAAUAACGAAGAGUAAAAGAUAAGGAAUGAUGAACAUGGAACGACCGCAGUGUUAUCAACUUCGUAAUUUAUCUCAAAUUUAUACACCAAAAGUUCUUAUUGCUUUAUUGCUUAAAAAAACUGGACUCGAACCCAUUACAUUUCGCAAUCCGGGCGACUGCUCUAACCACUGAGCUACUCAGUACCUAACAGGACUGACGAAUUUUUUAAACACUUGUUACUUCUUCGCUGCCAAUUUACUACAGAGUUUUUUAAUAAAACGAAAUAUCGUCAUAUUAUUCGCUAAGAUAUCGUAUCCUAAGUACCUCCUACUCGGUAUCUCAAUAAAAUGAAUAAAUAUUUAAAUCAUUAAUUAUUUUCUUACGUUUUGUACAUUUAGGUAUUUGAUACCAAUGGGCAAUCCUGAUGGGAUACAUUUCACCCAAAACUUGCGACAGUACCCAUCGCUAGAUCCGUUAAUGUGGUCUCGAAAUGUGACCGCAAGGAACCACACUCGACCUACCCACUGGUACAAGAACGUCGACAAGGAAGAGGGAAGCGAACCAUGCUUUGGUACAAAUAUAAAUCGAAAUUUCGCUUAUCACUGGCAAGAUGACAAUCAUAAAACACCAGAACGUUGCUCGCAAUUAUAUCCAGGAGCUAAACCGUUUUCUACUAAGGAAGCGCAGGCAAUACGGAAAUAUGUGGACCGACUAACAGGCGUUGUUCACCUGGCAAUACAUCUACAUGCAAGUUUUGUUCCUAAAAAGGAGUACAUACUAUACCCAUGGAGAUUUUCGAAACGCGUUUCCAGUAAUUAUCGCACGCUACAAGAUAUUGGUGAAUACGCUGCCAGGCAAGCGCGGCUACCGGACGGGCGUCUUUACGAGGUACACCAAAGCAGUGAGGAUCAACAAGUGGCAGGCACGCUGAGCGACUAUCUGGUAGGCGUAGUCGGCGUCGAUUUGGUCUACCUCAUCAAGCCAUAUCACCCGCUUUAUCCUAACUAUUCCGAUACUGAUAUACUCGAAACGUAUGUCAAACAAUCACUAACCACCAUACUGAGCGUCGUGAGAGGAUGGCGCAGCAGUACCAAACUUAAUACUUUAUCCUUUUUCGGAAGGGAUGUUGAAUUCUAAUUAUUAUUAUAUUAUUAUGACUACAAAUAUACAUUUUAUAUAAUACCUUUUAUCCCGCUAUACAUUCCUCUCAAUAAUAUCAGGACAUGGUACUGUUUCACAUUGAUAUAAAUUCUACAGCUGAAAUCUUAGGUAUAGCUUGUGACAAAUAAAAGGAAAUGUGGCUUGUUGUCUCCGUUUUAAUAACAUUUUGUUCUAAAAAUAAAUAACAUACAUAGGUACUUUAUAAAAUGAGCAAUGUACACUAUUUACAUAUUGUGAUUUAUUCAAAUAUCAACUCGUAGUCCCGUUACUUAUAGACGUGAUAUUUUUUCUUAAUAAUGAAAGAUCAAUAUCCCAACUCUUCGCUAAAACACUAAUCGUAUCUAGUAAACUUUUAUGUAUAUCACUUUUUCCGUUAAGAUCUGAUGUAUGAAGUACGCUUAAUUUUAAUGAUACUUCGUGUAGAUAUUGCAGUCUCUUGAGAAAUGCGGCUUUCAGUUCCUUAUGUGUAGUGCGACGCCAAUAUUUCAGGUUUCUGGCUAUGAACGUUGUGACAUGCUCUCUAAUAUCUUUGAGGCACGUUUUCUUCUCUACGAUCAUCUAUAACAAAUAA